GCGGGCGGCGCAUGCGCAGGGUGUCAUGUGGCGGGCGGCGCGCGCGGCGGAGUCGGGAGCGCGCACGGUAACGGCCCCGCCCACCGGCCGGGAGCACACUGGAACUGCCCCUUUUCAGCCAUGACCGACCCAGAGCUCGUUCUCUGCAAGUGGAAGAGGCGUUUGUGGCCAGCCAAGGUUUUGUGCAAACCUGGAGUCGCUGGGAGCGCUCGUGUGACCACCGGGAAGAAGAUGGGUUUUAAAGCUGAAAUACUGGGCUUGGAGAAGCAGGUCAGUGUGAGCUCUGCAAACGCUGUUCCCCUGACAGAGGAGCGGAUCAAGGCCAUUGCCUCCAGCCUGGAGCAAAAGAACAACGUGAGUGAGGCCGUGGAGGAGCUGCAGUAUCGCUGUUCCCUUAAAAUCGCCCUGGAUAUCCUCGGUCAGACUGAGCCGGGCAGGCAGGAGCCACCUGCAGAGGGGCCAAAUCCUGAGUUAUCCGGGGCCAGCAGCGUGGGAUCCUCCCCAGCCCCUCCCUCCCGCAGAUUGUUGCGCUCUCGCUCUACAAAGUUGCAGCCCGAGGCUGCCAAGGGUGGAAGGAAACAGGAAAGAAAGUGUAACCCGAGGAAGGGCAGCAGGACACAGACCCAGGGAGGCUCUGCCCUUGCAGGGGGGAGUGCCAGGGCUCGUGGGGCUGCAACCAGCCCUGCCAAGGACCGUGGGGAUGGAGUGAACCCCUCCAGAUGCGGCCCCAGGGACUCGAGCCACGCCCCAGCCCCUGCCAGGCACAGCUGCAAAGCACCACGGCCAAAAUCAUCACCACGAUCAUCCCCACGACAGAGGAAACCCCCCCCCAGAGCAGGGAGCAAAGUGUCCCCCAAGGCAAAGGAGGGGAGAAGUCAGCAAGGAAGGAAAAGGUCGUGUGAGGAUGAUUCCCCCCAGGAUCAAGCACAGCUGCCCCCUGAGGAGGGGCCUCUGCCUGUCCCCUCUAAAUCUGGCACCGUGGAACCUGCCCAAAGGACUGGAACCCAACCUGGAAGGACGUGCCUGGAUUCCUCUUGUGAAAGUGCCUCGGAUGAGCUGGAGAAAAGCAUCAGCAGUGAGAGUGAGAGCCUGACAAAGCAGCUGGAUGGAAGGAGAAAGGCAGAGGGUGGAAAACAGCUGGAUGGGGCAGGUGUGGCCUCAGGCAGAGAUAGGAAAUGCAGGAACCGCUCUGGAUCCUCACCUGGGCCUUCUGGUGCCUCCCCUCAGGCCCAAGAGCAGGAAAACAAGGAUCCCUCACAUCUGGCUGGGAAUAAAGCAAAGCCUGACUCUGAGGAGGAUGAAGGGCUGGAUCCCUCUGGGAUGUCUCCAAGGGGGGUUUCCUCGGAGAGCUUCCCUCCACUCUCACCUGUGGUAGAUGAAGAGGAGGAGGAUUUUCCCUGUGUUCUGUCCUGCCAAGUGCCCCAGUCCAUCGAGGAGGGGAUGCUGGUGUGGUGCAAGCUCCGGCGGUAUCCCUACUGGCCAGCAGUGGUGAAAGCAGUGAAGCGGAAGCACCGGAGGGCCUGUGUGCUCUUCAUAGACGGGACCACAAACGAGAAAAAAAAAGGUUUCUCGGUGUCCCUGAAGAGCCUGAAGCACUUUGACUGUGAAGAGAAGCAGGAGCUCAUUGAACGAGCCAAGGAGAACUAUCCCCAGGAGAUCGAGUGGUGCCUCCAGCUGAUCCGGGACUACUGGGUCCGAGUGGGUUGUCAUUCCUUCACCGGCUCCUUCCUGGAGUAUUUUGCUGCCGACAUCAGCUACCCAGUGAGGAAACAGGGACAGCAGAGUGAGGUGGAAAUGACCUUCCCCGACACGGAAGAGGAGGAUCUUGAAGAGUCUCCCUUGGAAAAUUCCCCCCAGAAGCCCCUGAGGAGGCUCCUUCCAGACAGGAGCAGAGCAGCCAGGGACAGGGAGAACAAAAAACUCGUGGAAUUCAUAGUGAAAACAAAAGGGGCGGAAGAACAUCUCCUGGGGAUCCUGAAAAGCGGGAAAAAAUCCCGCUGGCUGAAGAAAUUCCUGAACUCCUACUGGUACGUGACCCGUGUGGAGACUUACCUGGAGGAUGAGGAGCAGCUGGAGCUGGUGUUUGACUACCUGAAGGAAGUCUACAGGGAGAUGGACACCACCAACCUGCGCCAGAUCCUGGGGGACGGCAUCAAGUUCAUCUCGGACGUGCUGCUGCCCGAGGCCAUUAUCUACGCCAUUGCUGCUGUGUAUGACAUCGACUAUGAGAAGGCAGAAGAGAAGUACAUUAAAGGACCACCUGUGACCAAAAGGGAGAGGGAGUUAUUCGAUGAACAAAUCCGGGCAUGGAAGAAGCUCAAGUCGACCCUGGAGCCUGAGGAGAGCUGAGGGGCGCUGGCCCCCAGGGCUGUGAACAGCCAGUGGUGAUUUGUAUAAACGUGCAAUUCUUUUUGGAGUCCCUGUGUGUGCCCCCUCAACCCCCCCAAAAGCUGCUCUGGUGUCAGCCCUCCUGCUUCCCGUGGCCUCAGCGUGGCCUCGCCGUGCCAGCCGCCCGAACACGCCGCCAGCCCCGUCCCCAGUGCCCUCCCCGGGGCCUGCAGAGCCUCCUGCCCUAACCCCACCUUCCCUGGGGGUUGUUCCAGCCCCCCGUGAGCCCCAGGCAGGGCUGUCCUGGGGAAGCAGGGCCUGGUCCCUGUGCCUGGCGGCCUUCCCGGUGGGAAACGCUCCCGGCGGGGUCACUGCUCCUGCUCCCCGUGCCUCCCGAGUGUGGGAAAUAAAGUCGGUGCCCAGUGCUGCAGUCUGA